AUGGUUUCGAAUCAGCAUUUGCGGUUGUUUAUACUCUGUUUUUGCCUUGUUAACACCGCUUUUAUAGCAGCCACGGAAGAUGAAAACAAUGAGAGAAAGCCUUACAUCGUGUACAUGGGAGAAGCAACUGAGAAUUCUCAUGUUGAAGCCGCAGAAAACCAUCAUAAUCUUCUAUUGACAGUGAUCGGAGACGAGAGCAAAGCAAGAGAAGUUAAAAUAUAUAGCUAUGGGAAGAACAUCAAUGGAUUUGCUGCAAGGCUUUACCCUCAUGAAGCAGAGAAGCUAUCACGCGAAGAUGGAGUUGUAUCGGUGUUCAAGAACACUCAAAGACAGCUUCACACGACAAGAUCAUGGGACUUUCUAGGGUUUGUUGAGUCUAAAUACAAAAGAAGUGUAGCACUAGAGAGUAAUAUCAUUGUGGGAGUUCUUGACACAGGGAUCGAUAUUGACUCACCGAGCUUCGAUGACAAAGGAGUUGGUCCUCCUCCAGCUAAAUGGAAAGGAAAAUGUGUAACUGGAAACAACUUCACUCGUUGCAAUAAUAAAGUGAUAGGCGCAAAGUACUUCCACAUUGAUCAAGAGGGACUUCCUGAUGGUAAAGGAGACUCUCCUGCCGAUUACGACGGUCAUGGAACUCACACAUCUUCCACAAUUGCCGGCGUUUCACCACUUAUAAGGUUUGUUUUUUUUCUGUUCAAUUGUUACUCUGUUUCUUGGAACAGAAGGAAGACACGUUAUGCUCUGUUUCAAAUUAAGGUGUGCUGGGAAUCAGGAUGUACAGACAUGGACAUGUUGGCGGCAUUCGACGAAGCUAUAUCUGAUGGGGUUGAUGUAAUAUCGAUUUCAAUCGGAGGAUCCUCGCUUCCGUUUUUCGAAGAUCCAAUUGCGAUUGGAGCGUUUCACGCAAUGAAAAAAGGGAUCUUGACAAUGUGUUCUGCAGGCAAUAACGGGCCAGGUCUCUUUACGGUUUCCAACCUUGCGCCGUGGGUAAUGACUGUCGCGGCCAACUCACUCGACCGGAAGUUUGAAACUGUUGUCAAACUUGGCAAUGGUCUCACCGCAUCUGGAAUCUCUCUAAACGGAUUCUCUCCAAGCGAGAAAAUGUAUCCAUUAACAAGCGGUACGCUUGCAUCUAACUUAUCUGCAGGAGGCUAUGGAGAGCCUAGUACAUGUGAGUCCGGGACAUUAGGGGAAGAUAAAGUGAUGGGAAAGGUAGUUUACUGUGAAGCAGGACGUGAAGAAGGAGGCAAUGGUCAAGACCAUGUAGUGAGAAGCUUAAAAGGAGCUGGUGUGAUCGUUCAACUUCUUGAACCGACUGAUAUGGCCACUUCAACUGUCAUUGCUGGCUCUUAUGUCUUCUUUGAAGACGGUACAAAGAUCUCUGAAUACAUCAACUCCACCAAAAAUCCUCAAGCAGUAAUCUUUAAGACAAAAACAACCAAAAUGGUAGCUCCUUCAAUUGCUUCUUUCUCAGCAAGAGGACCUCAACGAAUCAGCCCCAACAUUCUCAAGCCUGACAUUUCAGCCCCCGGACUAAACAUUCUCGCGGCAUACUCGAAGCUAGCAUCUGUAACCGGUUAUUCAGACGACAAUAGAAAAACACUUUUCACCAUAAUGUCAGGAACAUCAAUGGCUUGUCCUCACGCAGCAGCUGCAGCUGCUUAUGUCAAAUCAUUCCAUCCUGAUUGGUCUCCAGCUGCAAUCAAAUCCGCCCUUAUGACUACAGCUACUCCAAUGAGGAUCAAAGGAGACGAAGCAGAAUUGAGUUACGGGUCGGGUCAAAUAAACCCGAGAAGAGCGAUUCACCCGGGUCUAGUCUACGACAUCGCAGAGGACGCAUACCUAAGAUUCCUCUGUAAAGAAGGGUAUAACAGCACAACCAUCGGACUUUUAAUCGCUGGUAAAAAGAACAACACGACGAAGACGGAAUACAGAUGCGAGAAUUACAAACGAGGGUUAGGAUCCGACGGGUUAAAUUACCCGUCAAUGCACAAGCAAGUGAGUUCCACGGAUACGAAAGUGUCAGAGGUUUUUUACAGAUCAGUUACGAACGUCGGAUACGGACCAUCGAACUACGUGGCUAAGGUUUGGGCACCGAAAGGUUUGAGAGUUGAGGUUGUGCCUAAGGCUAUGAGUUUCGAGAGGCCUGGAGAGAAGAAGAAUUUUAAGGUUAUGAUUGAUGGAGUUUGGGAUGAGAUAAUGAGAGGGAUUGUGUCUGCUUCUGUGGAAUGGGAUGAUUCGAGAGGCCAUCUUGUGAGAAGUCCAAUUCUAUUGUUCCGAUCAGGUAACAAUUACAAUUAAGAAAGACAAGACCCUUUUUUUUAGAUCAUUGUUUGUCUUUUAACAUUGUUAUAGUGUUUUUUUUUUUUUUUAAGUCUAGUGGAGCUGAAACUUGAACUAAAAAUAGGUAAUAAUUUUUGGGAGAAUAAUAACAACUGUAUAUAUAUGUUUAUGGAACAAAACUCAAAUGUCAAGGACAAAAUAAAAAAAACUUGAACUGAAUAGGUAGUAAGUUUGAUGACCAAUCCGGAGUGUUUUCAACAAGUUUGAUGGACCAAACAAUGUGAAGAAAGAAAAGAUUGGAGAAGGGGAAUUGAAUGACUUACAAUUUUAUUCAUGAACCAAACAAUGUGAAGAAGCGAGCCAAACCAAUAACAAAUAAUGUCCCACUCUGUUAUCAUAAUAGCUUAAAUGACAUGAAGACACUCAAACUCAAAGCCUUCACACUAGCUUAAUUGUUUUAUAUCUUGGUGG